CUAAUGGUAUAAUACUGUAGUUAUAUACUGGCCCACAACUGUUAGAUGUGUCUACCGUCUACAGUGAAUUCGGCUUUUAGAUAAUACCAAAAAUAAUACCUGUGGUCAGUGGACAUAGGGAUUUUAUUAGUUUAUUACCCGAAUUCUUGGAUCAGGAUCGACUCUUCGAACUUACCUAUAAUUAAUUGUGAGCGGCCCUACGUUCCCAGUGCCCUCCCUCACUAGGCCAAAGUAUGCAGCCGGCCAGGGAUCGAGAAAAAUCCUCCAGCAAUGUGAAACCAAAUUACUCAUUGAAAUUUACAUUGGCUGGUCACACUAAAGCUGUAUCAUCAGUGAAGUUCAGUCCUAAUGGUGAAUGGCUUGCGAGCUCAUCUGCUGAUAAAUUGAUUAAAAUUUGGGGUGCUUAUGAUGGCAAGUUUGAAAAGUCUAUUGCUGGACACAAGUUAGGAAUCAGUGACGUCAGUUGGUCAUCAGAUAGUCGUCUUUUAGUAUCUGCAUCCGAUGAUAAGACAUUAAAAGUUUGGGAAUUAAGUUCGUCAAAAUGUGUCAAGACACUUAAAGGCCAUAGUAACUAUGUUUUUUGUUGCAAUUUUAAUCCACAAUCAAAUCUAAUAGCUUCUGGUUCUUUUGAUGAAAGUGUACGAAUUUGGGAAGUAAAAAGUGGUAAGUGUCUGAAAACACUUCCUGCGCAUUCUGAUCCAGUUAGUGCCGUUCAUUUUAAUAGAGAUGGAUCCCUUGUGGUUUCUAGUAGUUACGAUGGUUUAUGUCGGAUUUGGGAUACUGCCAGCGGUCAAUGUUUAAAAACACUUAUUGACGAUGACAAUCCACCAGUUUCAUUUGUAAAAUUCUCUCCUAAUGGAAAGUACAUCUUGGCGGCUACUCUUGAUAAUACACUAAAAUUAUGGGAUUAUACAAAAGGAAAAUGUUUAAAAACUUAUGUUGGCCAUAAAAAUGAGAAAUACUGUAUAUUUGCAAAUUUUUCUGUGACAGGUGGAAAGUGGAUAGUUUCUGGAUCUGAAGACAAUAUGGUAUAUAUUUGGAAUUUACAAUCAAAAGAAAUUGUACAGAAAUUACAAGGUCAUACAGAUGUAGUUUUGUGUACUUCAUGCCAUCCAACAGCAAAUAUAAUUGCUUCAGCAGCCUUAGAAAAUGACAAGACAAUAAAACUAUGGAAAAGUGAUACUUAAAGUUUAAUUUAAAGCUUGAAUAUUAUUUUGUAUAAUUUGUAUAAAGGGAAUGGUUAUAUUCUCCUGUCUUGUGACUAAGUCUUAUUUUUAUUGUAAUCUACUGUACAAUUAUCAACAGUAAUAGUAAUAGUUAAAUCAUUAUUUUUAGUAUUUUUUUCUUAUUUUCUUGCUCAAAACUCAAAUACUGUUUACAAAAAGAGAAAAUUAGAAUUUCAUUACCUUCAAAAAUAAUUUGCAUCAUAGUAAAUUAUCUACAAUGUUCAAAAAAUGUGUAUUGUACAAAAUAAUAAACAUGACUGCUAUAUCAUAGGUAAGAUACUAGGAUUAUAAAUACUAAAUGUAUGAAAUAUUUAUAUAGGUAUACUGUAGUAUGAUUUCAACUUAGAUUUUUAAAUUUCAUUUCACUUUAAGUUUAUAUGGACUGAAAUAACUAUUUGUUCACUAUCAAUAAUUUAAAAAAUCAAAACUGUUAAUGAAUAUAUCCAAAUAUUAAUUUAAUUUUUAAAUUAUUUACAAAAUUAACGUAUUGCAGUUUGUAUAUUUUAUAAAGACUAUUUGUUGACGAGUAAAUUAUUUUGUAAUUUUAUAAAGUGUGAAGUAUUUUUCCAAAACUAUUUAUUGUGAUUUUGAAACUUGAAACUUAAAGUACAUAAUUCUAGAAACAGAAAUAAAAUGAAUUAAAAAUGGUAUUUUAAGUUCUCGAGUACCACUUAAAUUUAUUCUUGUGCUUACUUGAUGAAGAUAUUUUGAAAAUCAAGUAGUUAUUUUAACCAAAUGUAUAAUAUUAUUUACUGUGUAUUAAAAUAAACCAAAUUCCUAAAAUUUUAA